AUGGCUACGAAGACAUUACUGUUGGGCUUGUUAAGCCUGGUUAAUCUCGCAGCGUGCCAUGAUCAUCACAACGAACCCGAAGAUACGCAGAAGCCCUUCAUCGGCUGGACUCAAGACGACCUUGAUGCAAAAUGGGGAACAGACUGGGGCUUUAGCGGCAUUUCGACAUUUGCCCAUUUGGAUCAUCAUCGAUGUCUGCAAUACCCAGACAUGGAGUACGACAUUGCUAUUCUUGGUGCUCCUUUUGACACUGCCGUCACGUACAGGCCUGGAGCUCGAUUUGGUCCUCGAGCAAUUCGAACGGCAUCAGCACGCCAGACGGCUUUCAGAGGUUUCAAUCCACGAGCAAAUCUCAACCCGUAUCAAAAAUGGGCUAAGAUCAUCGAUUGUGGAGAUAUUCCCAUUACGCCGUUUGACAAUGCCCUAGCCCUGCGACAAAUGUCGGAGGCUUUUACCAAUUUGGCGCACAGCAAGGCUCCCGAGAAGAACGCAAAAUCUUCUGUUCCAUAUAGGAACAUCCCGAAGCUGCUAACCCUUGGCGGGGAUCACUCCAUCGCUCUACCGACUCUUCGAGCGCUGAAUAAGAUCUACGGUAACGUGGCUGUCGUUCAUUUUGACGCGCAUUUGGAUACAUGGCAUCCGGCAAAAUACCCCAGUGCAUGGAUAGACAAGGACGACCCAGCGCAACAAUCAUUUUUCACCCACGGCACGAUGUUUUGGCUUGCUCACAACGAGAGUCUGAUCGCGAAGGACAAGUCGGUCCACGCGGGCCUGCGUACACGACUUACCAACAUCGAGGAUAAUGAGGACGAUGAUGCACAAGGCUGGGUACGAAUCGCAUGCGACGACAUUGACGAUAUCGGUGUUGCUGGCGUGGCAAAGAAGAUCUUAUCCCAUGUUGGCACUGAGACACCCGUCUAUCUAUCGAUCGAUAUCGACGUGAUUGACCCUGGACUCGCACCGGGAACAGGGACUCCAGAGCCAGGAGGUUGGACUACGCGGGAGCUCAUUCGUGUGCUUCGUAGCAUCGACAGCUUGAACAUUGUUGGGGCUGAUGUGGUCGAAGUCUCACCAGCCUACGACGGAACAGGCGAAGUUACAGCUCUAGCGGCUGCUCAAGUAGCCUACGAGAUACUGACGAGCAUGGUAAAGAAAGGCCUUGAUAACGGCAGCAAAGGUAAAGGAAAAGAUGAGCUGUGA